GCGUCAAACUAAUCAUAUGAUCACUUUUCACAUGACCGAUGGUCAAUCGUCAUCGCUCAUUUCUUGUCGUUUUAUGACAAUUUUUGGGCUAAAACUUUACUUUUAGUCCCCAUACGUCCACUAGUUAUAGUUAAAAAAUCCAUUGAAAAUGGCGUACUGCCGUUUAGUGUUCCCUUUAUUAGUGCUAAGUGUGGUCCAGAGCUACGCCUCAUCCGUGCCUGUGUUUCUAUGGGGCGAUUUAUCUAAAACAUCAUUGAAAUCUAACCCUCUGACUGCUGUAUCUCCAAAGGAAUUCGAUUAUGUAUUAAAAGAGGAGCUUUCAGGUGAUCCUUUCACUGUUAUUUUUAUAGAGGAGACGCUGUCAGUUGAAGAUUUUUCAAGUAAAACUUCGGAUGGUGAAGUUCCCUUGAGAUAUUUACGCGCCAACCUUGGUGAUUCGUAUUAUUUAUCAUCUGUAACGGAUGCACUUGAAGCAUUAAACAGUUUCGCCGACGUUGAAAAGGAGAAUCACGUUAAAUUAACUGAAAAUGGUUUAUCAGCGGAAAUCGAACCUGAAGGAGGUAAUUUCCUAUUUAUCGAGCUUAAAGAUGCCAACGAGAGGGACUCACGAGCUGAUCUGCUGCGUAGACACAAUGAGUUUAUGGAGGAUAUGUUCGCUAAGUUACACAAUCGUUAUGAGAAAGUUGUAGCGAUAUACACUGCCCGGAACCCAUCAUGGACUGUCUCAGAAAGUCAUCGUGUACGUCGUCAGGCUACCGAAGACAACAAGAUGUACAGAUUAGAUGGACUUUUACUAUAUGUAGAGGAAAUAUUGCUCACCGAAUCUAACCAGACAACUCAUUUGGACAACCUUGAAAGCAGCACUAGUACAUUUAAUGACACAACCAAUACCAUGAGCACAGACAUGAAGUUUGGAGCUGACAAUAUCCAACUUAACUUUGUACACAAGAAUGGUUAUUGGACAUUUGAGACGGUUGUGUUAACCAGAUCGAGCUUGACCAAAGUAUUGUACCCGGAGAUUGAAGUUUACUCAUUAACCGAUUGGUCGUACAGAUGCGGUGAAAGGGUAACAUUUAACAGCAUCAAUGGGACAAUCAGCUAUUCACUCACCUUUAGAGAUAUGGAGGUUCAACCAUUCUUCAAGACGAUGAACGCAUCGGAUCUGGUCUUCGGUGAUUCAUUCAACUGCAUCGGUUUCUUCUCGGUACCUAUCUGGUCAGGUCUGUUCGUUGUCUUCAUAUUCCUGGCUAUCACAUUCUAUGGUAUUAUGAUGAUGAUGGAUAUCCGUACUAUGGAUCGCUUUGACGAUCCUAAAGGAAAGACUAUCACUAUAAAUGCAGCUGAGUAAAUUAACCAGCCAGUGUGACCUAAACUACCAACAUUGAAAAAAAAACUACCAACUUUUAAAUAAUUUUUUUAAUGGUCACACUAACUGCUGUCACUUGACAGUGACAACCAUAGAGCUCAAAAAUCUAUAGUUUAUACGAUAAAAUGUAGAUUUGCGAUGGUAGUUUGUAGAAUACGAAUAAUUAAAUGAAUUGUAAAUUAUUUCUAUAUAUAUAUAAAAAAAAAUGAAAUACACCAAUAUUAAUUGUAAGAGUAACAUUAUAUUUGCUAUGUUUUUUUUUCUUUUACAUUUCGUGCUAUUUUACUAGUGGACGUAAAACACGUAUUUAUUGCCUAAUGUAUAGAAAGCUUACAACUUAUAAAAUAAUAUAGAGAAAACCGACAAAGUGCCUAUUUGUCAUACAUGUAGACAGAGUUGUAUACACAAAUUAUACUUAAAGAAAUCAUUAAUUCUUUAAAUUAAGUUUUAAAUUGAUGAUGGAUUUAAAUUUGAUGUAUAAUCGAGUUUUCAAAUGUCACUUUAUUUAUGGCAACACUGAAGGAACUUACCGCAACAAAUUCCUAAGCCUUUUUCACAUCACUCCGGAUCAUGUAACUCUGGUUACAUUACAGACAAUAUUUGUGUAUAUAAUCUUUGUUUAUAGAUAAUAAUAUUAGUUUUGAAUCUAUAUGAAUAUUGGUUACAUUUUGAAAUCCUAAAUUACUUUUAAAUAUUUACAAUUUUACACCAUUAUUAUAGUAUUAAAAAUAUCUGUAA